AAGCUAUCAAGUGUAUAAUCUAUGUUUAGUAUUAUUUGCCGGCAGUCCGAGGGAACACACGACAGGCCGAAUUUAAAAAAAUAAAAUCGAAAUGUCACUUAUAAAUCUAGAAUGUAGUGUCAAUGGAGUUAAGAAAAAAUUCUCGAGAAUGGAAUCGCGCGAUUCAAAUCAUCGGAGCGAGUGUAAUUUAGAACGUAAUGAUUCAGUUUGUAGUAAGAAUCAAUUGAAAACGUUAGACGGUAACGAUAGAAGAGUUUUAGUUAUUUAUACAGGUGGCACAAUUGGUAUGGUGUGCAAUGAGGAAGGAGUGUUAGCGCCGCAGAAGAACUUGUUCGAGGGUCUCAUCAGGGAGUUUCCUCAGCUCCACGACCCCGCUUUGUGGGAGCAAAGAACCCACGAUCCCACUUUUGACCGAAGCUUCCUUGUUUUACCAAAAACAAACGAUACGAGUCUUAGAAUUUUCUACAAGAUACAGGAGUAUGAAAAUCUAUUGGAUUCUUCGAAUAUGUCAGAGGAAGAUUGGAUUUUUCUAGCUGAAGAUAUAAAGAAAUACUACGAGCAGUACGAUGGUUUUGUGGUACUCCACGGGACGGACACGCUCAGCUACACCGCGUCAGCCCUCUCGUUCAUGUUCGAGAAUUUGGGGAAGGGAAUCGUGAUAACAGGAUCUCAGAUACCGAUUUUCGAGCCAAGAAGCGACGGCGUGGACAAUUUUGUUUCAUCGCUUCUGAUCGCGGGCGGCCUUAACAUACCUGAAGUUACAGUUUUCUUUGGAAGUAAACUGUACAGAGGAAAUAGAACACGAAAGGUAUCAGCGACUCAUCUCCACGCUUUCGAUUCUCCUAACUGCGUGCCCAUAGUAGAAGUCGGCCUUGAGAUGGAAGUCAACAAGGCUGCCAUAUUCAAACCCAACACGAUCGAGAAGUUUCACGUGCACGCCAGAAUGUCCAAGAACGUGGGCUUGCUGAGGAUCUUUCCGAGCAUCAGCAUUGCUGUGGUUAAGGCUUUCUGUCAACCGCCCAUCGAAGGAAUGGUACUAGAAUGCUACGGAGCCGGCAAUAUUCCUAUCAAUCGCGAUGACGUUUUGAACGUUUUGGCUGAAGCCGUCAAGAGAGGAGUCAUCCUGAUUGUGAUCACGCAGUGCAAUACCGGAUCUGUUGCCGCUUUGUACGAGACGGGACAAUUGAUGGCGAAAUACGGUGUUGUGUCUGGCUUUGACAUGACCCCGGAAGCGGCUUUGACUAAGCUAUCGUAUGUACUGACGAAAACCGAACUAAGUUAUAAAGAGAAAACCGAGAUGAUGAUGAAGAAUAUCAGAGGUGAACUAACUAAUGUCUCUUCUAUGGCUAUCGAGGAUCAAACUCUCAAAGAAGCUCUAGCGAAAAGUUUAAAUAUCCAAUCGCCGAAGAAGUUGUUGGAGGUGACUGAGCGGGUGAUAUCUUCGUUGCUGUUAUACGGUAUCGAGCGAAGUGAUGAAGGGGUCAUCACGAAGCUUUUGGAAAUGGGAGCAGACGUUAAUGCCCAGGACUUAGAAGGUAGGACUCCACUUCAUGAAGCCAUACUAAAAGGAUAUGCUCCUAUUGUCGAGUAUCUUCUCAAAAAUGGUGCGAAUGUACAUUUGAAAAAUUGUAAUGGCGAGAGUCCCUUAAUGACAGCCGUCCAGCAAGACGCUCCGAUUAUAAUCAGCUUGUUGAUGAAGUGCGGGGCUCACUUCGCGAGUGCAGACAACAAGCAGGUCUCGGAGAUGCUGUCUCUAGCAUCAAGGAAUGGAGCCACAAGGAAGCUGGAGUACCUCAAGAUGGCCGGAGCGGACUUGAAUCUGAUCGAUGAGAUGUACCAGACAUCACUGCAUAAGGCUGUCAUCUGUAACUACCCUGAUACGGCCAGGUUCCUCAUAGACAAUGAUGUUGUGAAAGAGGCAAAGGAUAUCCUCGGCUAUACGGCUUUGGAUUACGCGGUCAAAUUAAAUAGAACGUUAUUUAUUGAGAUGUUUAAAUAGUAUUCGUGUAACUGGUGGCGAUGGCGUUAAUCUGUGUCAUCGAUUUAUGUGAUCUUCUCUUUCAAUGGUAGUUCAGUUAAUAUAAGUUUUAUAUUUGAGUCGACUAUUAUCAAAGCCGGCAAUCUGACUUUUGGAUAAUUAUUGGUAAAUCAGAAAAUCGAAUUAUUGAUUUUGU